AUGAACCAUCCUAAGCUAGAUUACCUUCGACAAUUUGUGAAACCUAAUGACCCAAAGGAGGAAUAUAAGAUACUCGCUCCAAUCGGUAGUGGAACCUACGGAGAUGUCUUCAAGGCGGUUCAUCGUGAGAGGCGAACAUUGGUGGCAGUUAAAGUUAUGAAGAUUGAUCUAAAGGAUGACAUUCGAUCAAUUUGCCAAGAAAUACACACCUUGAGAGAAUGUCGGCAUCCAAAUAUUGUGCAGUUUUAUGGUAGUUAUCUUAGGAAUAACAAAUUAUGGAUAUGCAUGGAAUAUUGCGGUGGACAAUCUAUGCAAGAUAUUUAUCUCUAUACCAGGCGUCCCUUAGAAGAAGACUGCAUUGCAUUUGUCUCCAGAGAAACUUUACAAGGUUUGAACUUUAUGCACAAUCGUGGACGUAUUCAUAGAGAUAUUAAAGGUGCUAAUAUUCUUCUGACAGAUGACGGGCAUGUCAAAGUGGCGGAUUUUGGUGUUGCCGCCCAACUGAAUACUUCGAUUGCCAAACGAACAACUUUAAUUGGAACACCCUACUGGAUGGCGCCUGAGGUAGCUUCAAUUGAAUCUCGUGGCUCGGGUUAUGAUGGAAAGUGUGAUAUUUGGGGUGUUGGGAUUACUGCUAUUGAAUAUGCUGAACUGCAACCUCCAAUGUUUGAUCUAGACCCUAGGAAAGCACUACAAAUUCUGGGUUCGCGAAACUAUAAGCCCCCUUCUUUACAAGACCGUCAUAAAUGGUCACCAUUAUUUCAUUCGUUCAUUAAAUGUUGUUUAAUCAAAGCAGAACGACGAAGACCUGAUGCAGCUACAAUGCUUACACAUAACUUUGUUACAAAUCCACACUUGUCUACUUUAUUAACUCAACGUCUGCUGUGCUAUCGGAGACAAUUAGAAUCCUCAGCCAAAAACACUUAUUCCCAUGGAGACACAGGAAUAUCUUCAUCAAAUAAAAAGAAUCCCCCAUCUGGGGGUAAUUUUAUCGCUCCUGAUAAUCAUGAACCACCAGUAUCCUUUCCUGGUAUGCCUAUUUCAGUUCGACAGGAAGAAUAUUUCAAAUCUCUUCGAGUCAAUGAUCUCCCAGUUAGUCACGGAAUUGAUGCUAGUGUUCCUGUGCAUUUUGUCUCAUCACAACAACUCAUUAUUGAACGAGAACCGGAACGAUUCCCAAAUAUACAAAUCCAAAGCAGUUUAUCUUGCUCUGAUUUAGCCGAUCUUAGCUAUAAUAAUGAUCAUACAAAGAAUUGUAAUGAGAUUGCAGAAUCUACAGAUGUGAACUACAUUUCACAAGGAAGAGAAAUCACUAUAAAAAAUAAUGAUAAUUUGACUAAAAAAAACUAUUCACCAGAUAUAACAGUUACAGCUAAUGGAUUUGUAAAACAUUCACAAUCUGACUCAUUAUCUCAGUCUAAUCAUGCACAACAACAGGCUGUGAUUCGACCUUUAUUACCAGUGAAAUCCUCUAGACACUCUUCGGUGCUUAAUAAUGAUAGUAAUCAUUCUGUAGAUUCAACAAAUUCAUUCAAUCAAAAUAAUAAUAUGGCUACUCUUAUAUCUACUGGUUCUACUGACAAUAACAGUAAUAAUAAUAGUAAUAGCGAUAAAUCAGCUAUAACUAUUACCAUUAAUAAUAAUGAUAAGCAAAAACCUAGUCGUCCUUGUCCGCCCAUAGUACGACUUAAUCCGUCACGUGUAUCAAAUAUAAACAGUGUUGGUGAAAUAUCUGAAGAAACUGAUUGUUUAACAGAAAAUCAUUUAUUUGCUGAUCGUUUAUUACACAUCAGUUCAGAGGAUUUGCUUAGUGAGGUAAUGGAUGCAUUUGAAAAACGUCGUAGUGGUGUUGAUUUUCGUGCAUCUCAAUCCAUUGAUGGUUUUGAUGUUAGUCGGAUGGAUAAUGAGAUCAAAUUGAAUAAUGAAUCACAAAAUAAUACUUCAAUAAUACAACCGAACAUUCCUCUAGCGCCACGCUCGCGUUCGAAACGACGCGCUCCUCCACCACCACCAUUACAGCCAUCAUCUACAGCAUUGAACGUUAUUACAACGACUAACACUACUUCUGCUACUAAUAAUAAUAAUAUGUGUUCAUCAUUAGAUCAAAUAAUAGAUUUGUCUACUUUGAAUAUUGGCAGUAAUAUUUCAAAAACCGACAAGUUAUGUAUCAAUGGCAUCUCUGCUCCAUCACAUGAAAAUCAUGUUGAAGAGACAUCAAAUGAUAUAACAUUAAAUUAUAAUAUUCAAAUAAUUCGAGAGGAUUCUAUGAGCAAUAAUGAAAAUGAUAAUGAUGAUAAUGGUAAUGAGACUGAAAAAUACAAUAGUUCUGUUAGUAUAAAUCAUAAUGGUCAAUUAUCCUCUUCUAUGAAUGAUAAUGAUAAAACAUUAACACCAGCUCCACCCAGACCUCCACCGCCUAAAUUAAAUAAUCAUACUGGUAUAACUUCUUUGCCAACACCUCUUCGAAAUAGUAAACAAAAUGACGACUCAUCAAAACAUAUUUCACGUCAACAUCAAUUAGAAAUGGGUAUUGGUCUUCCUCCUACUCCAAAAGUUCAUAUGGGUGCUUGUUUCAUGCAAAUAUUUGAAGGUUGCCCAUUGAAAGUGAACUCAACUGCUACAUGGGUAAAUCCAGAAACUUUAAGUCAAAUUAUUCUGUUUGGCACGAACGAUGGUAUUUAUUAUCUUGAUUUAGUCAAUUUAGCUGAUGGUACAUUAGAGUUGCUUGUUCCAAGACGAUGUCUUUGGUUAUUUGUGUUCAAAGAUACAAUGAUGUCAAUAUCAGGUCAACAUCCUCAAUUAUUUAGUCAUAAUUUGAUUUCACUGAUGAAAAGUCGAACAUCACAAACACGAUUUCUUCAUAAGCGUUUUCAACCAACUGUCAAAGUUCCAGACACACGAGGUUGUUACAUUGCAACUGUAGUACGUAAUCAAUUCAAAGGGAUGAAAUAUUUAUGUGGUGCUAUUGAUAAAAGUAUCCUUGUUAUGGAAUGGUAUAAUCCAAGGAAUACGUUUAUUGAAGUGAAACGUGUUGAAGUACCGUGUAUGCCUAAUCCUUUGCUUAAUUUCGAUUUAAUAAUUAAUCCAAAUCAAACUUUGCCUACAGUAUGCUUAGGUGUAUCAUCUACCCCAGAUCCACUUGUCUAUAAAUUGCAUCUUGUAAAUUUAAAUGAAAAUUCAAAUUCAUCAUGGUAUACAAAUCCCUGCCGAUUUGAAGAUCAGUUGCAAGUGAUUAAAGUUGUACAGCUUGAUACACGUUCGUUAUUAAUUUGUUUUCCGACACACGCUACAAUGGUGAAUAUGAAUGGACGUGUACUAGUUAGUAGAGAUGGGCGAAUAGCCAAAUUCCCAUUCGAUACAACAGUUGAUUCUAUUGUUCGAUUGCAUGACAGUGUACUCGCUUUUCACACACAUGGUUUGAGGGGUAUCGACUUUUUCGGUAGGGUUACACAAGAUAUUGAUGACGAUAAACAUGUAUAUCGACUAUUAGGAAGUGACCGGAAUAUCGUUGUUGAGAGUAGGCCAAGUGAUAAUCCAAUGUCUAAUUCAAACCUCCUUAUUUUGGUUGGACACGAAGACUCAUCCUGA